GCCCAGAAUCUCCUCGAGGAGUUGGAGCUGCAGCAGAUCGCCGUACUGCUCGAUGCAAACCUUUCUUGCCGGGAUCUUCUGGGCAGGCGGCUGGGAGGAAUGCUGUGGCGAUUCAUGGAGGUCAUUCCGAAGACUCCCGAGCAGUGGAGUAACGAGGCCUACUGGGCCUACCUGCAGAAGCUGCAGGUCGACAACUUCGGGCGCCACGGGUGCUUUUUUGUCCUGGAAAGGCUUGGUAUCCACAAGGCUGCACAGUCCUUCGCCAAGCGUGCCGACCAGGAAGUGCGCAGGUACAUCCGUGGCAGCAAUGACGCGCUGAAAGACCUGACCCACCAG